AUGCCAACAACAAACCAAAGAAACGAGAUCGCUCAUGGAGGGGAAGCCGCCCUCCACGAAAGCGAAACACAAACAAAAAACCUCCAGCCAAACACAAAUAAUGGUAAUUUCGAAGGAUUGAGAUCGUUCGCUCAGGAUACCACACUUCACGGAGCCAGAUUUUUGUUCUCUGAGGGCUUUUUUAGAAGACUGGUUUGGUUGGGCAUGAUAUUGGCAUGCUUUGGCUUCUGUAUUCAUCAAGCCUACAUUUGCUUAAAGGAAUAUUCCCUUUAUCCUUUCAACACGAAAAUGACAACAAGCUUUAGUGCAGAUAACAGUCAGCUUCCCUUCCCUGCUGUCACUUUGUGCAACCUCAAUCCUUUCAACAUUCGAAGAUUCAGACGAUAUUUAGGAGGAAAUCUUAGUGAAGUGAUGAUCGAAAGGCGAAUUCAAGAUAUAUCUCUCCUGACCACGAGAUCAGAAGCUAUUUCUAAGGAAUACUUUAAAGAACGCUACAACGCGCUUUCUUAUCGCCCAAAAAUGGCUAACGAAACCAACCCUCACGCAAUGAAAUUUAGUCAUCAAAUUGAAGACAUGCUUUUACCAAAUGGUCACCUGUUUCAUUCCUGUUCCAUAAAUGGAAAGAAAUGCGACGCAAACAAUUUUACCAGCUUCCUCAAUCCACUUUUCACAAAAUGCUACACAUUCAAUUCAGCAAAAAAUGGCAAGCCUGUGCUAAAUGCUUCGUUUGCCGGCCAACUAACUGGUUUGAAGCUACGACUUAACAUCGAACGCGAGAGCUAUAUACCAAAUUUGAUUUGGCCUUCUGUUGGGAUUAUUAUUCUUAUUCACGACCAAAACAACUUCCCCAUCGUGGAGGAGUUUGGAAUUGCUGUUCCACCAGGGAUGUCUACGACUUGCGCCAUACGAAGGAGAAACGUAAGUGCUAAAAAUAGAUUUUUAAAAAUUGUUUACCUAGCAAAAUGUUUUGUAGCUUUUUCCUACCAAACUUCAAAAGCCCUAGAUACCCUUGCCAACACUUACGAGAAAAUAGAAUAA